AUGAUAACCUCCAUUGAUAUUAUACACGAAUUACUGACGACCAUAUAUUGCAGCAUUUUUUCGAGAAAUAGAAAGAAUAUUUUGAAAUAUGAUGUGUUACUAUAUUUGGACGAUUAUUACUAUUUCGAUAUAUUGAAAAAGGUUAGUGCAGAUAUAAAAGAGAUAGACAAAGAUUCGUUUUUAAUAGAAGAGAAACAAAAUUUUAAUGCAAUUUUUACUGAUUUCUGUAAAAGGAGGAAUUACAUUAUAAAGGAUAAAACGUAUACCAAUGAAAGUGAAAAGAGGAUAGACUUUUUGCACGAGAUACUUUCGGACCUGCUAUGUUUAUUAUUCCAGGAGGGCACUGUGAAUGCGAGUAGCAGUGGUAAUGAUGGUACAAUUGGUAGUGGUAGAAGGAAUAAUGACAAGGGCAAAAUACAGAGAGUAAUACACAAAACGUACAAUUAUGAAAUAAACGGAAACUGGAGGAAAAUAGAAAAUCAACUAGUUGAAAUAGAAAGUUUAAGUACCCAUAAAAAGAGGAGUAAUAUUACGGAUUACAUGAAUGAAAAUAAUGUGAAAGAAAUACUAAAUAUUACAAAAGAAAAUUUCAAAAAUGAUGAUAUAAUAAUUAAAGAGAACAUAAAUAAAGAUACAGAAAAGAUACUAAAAAGUUUAAUAGAAAAAUAUAAUAAUGCUUAUGAAUUAAGAUUUUAUUAUAUUUUUUUAAAUAAUUACCUUACAAUACAAACUAUGUUCAUGUCUCCUCUAAUUAAUUUUCAUUCAAAAGAGAUAAAAGGAAUAAUUAAAAAAAUUAUAGAAAUAAAAAAUACAAAAUAUUACCCCAUAACAAUAUAUGAUAUCUUAUCAUUUCAGUAUGAUCAAAUUAAAUUUUAUAAAAGCUCUCAUAAUAAUUUAAAAUCGCCAGUAAAAAAAAUUAAAAUAAUGGACAAUAUUGUGGAAAGAGGUGGUAUGCCUACAGAAUUUUCCAAAAAGAUCAUUAUGAAAGAUGUAAUUAAUGCAAAUGUAUCAUUAAAGAAUAAAUACAAUAAAUCUAGAAAACAAAAUGAUCAUAGUUUUGGAGGAAAAUAUAAGGUGCGCAAUUAUUAUGACUCCUCCAGGGGGUAG